AUGGUACUUGGAACUAUCAAGUGCGUGGUCGUCGGCGACGGUGCGGUCGGCAAGACAUGUCUCCUCAUCAGCUACACGACAAACAAGUUCCCAUCGGAAUACGUUCCGACCGUCUUCGACAACUAUGCCGUCACGGUUAUGAUCGGUGACGAACCCUACACGCUGGGACUUUUCGAUACCGCAGGACAAGAAGAUUACGACCGCCUGCGGCCACUCUCGUACCCCCAGACCGACGUCUUCCUCGUCUGCUUCAGCGUCACAUCGCCUGCCUCGUUCGAAAACGUCCGUGAAAAGUGGUUCCCCGAGGUGCAUCACCACUGCCCCGGCGUGCCGUGCCUGAUCGUAGGCACGCAGGUAGAUUUGCGGGAGGAUCAACAGGUGGUAAAGAAGCUGGCUGGCCAGAGGAUGGUACCGGUAAAGAGGGAGGACGGUGAGAGAAUGGCGAAGGAAUUGGGCGCGGUCAAAUACGUCGAGUGCAGUGCUCUGACGCAGUACAAGCUCAAGGAUGUGUUUGAUGAGGCUAUUGUUGCGGCACUUGAACCACCCCCGCCGAAGAACAGCAAGGGCAACAAACAUAAAUGCAAGAUUCUUUAA